AUGGCAGCUAAUGCUUCUACUAAAACACUCAAGAAAAGAAAGUCGAUUACAGAUGGAAAUAAAGCACGCAAGAAGCAAAGUCCAAUAGAUAUUACAAAUGAAAUAACUGAUCAGGAUAGCAUGUUGAAAGCAUCGAAACUUCAAUUUUCCUAUACGAUCGGCGAUUUGAAAACAAUCGAAGUUACCGGCGAAGGUUUUUCAUGUAAAACUGAUAACGGAUGUACUUCAGAAUUAACUGCGUCACAUCUUCCGGAUGUUUACAAACUUUGGGAAUUCCAUGCUCAUUGGGGAACAGAAAAAGAUUGCGGCAGUGAACAUUUAAUUAAUGGAAAAGGAUUUUCCGCCGAGGAAGAUUCAGUUGAUAAUGAAAAUUUUUCGCCAAUUAUUGAUGGUCUAAAUAAUUCAUUGGGCGGUUUAAGCCGUGUCAACUUGGAACCAAAUUUUGAUCCACUCAAAUUACUUCCAGGUAAAAUCUAA